CCGGCGCCUGCAAUGGACAACUCCAGGCGUUGCAUCACUGCCGUUGUGUGUCUGCUGCUGCUCUAUACAGCAUCUUGUACGUUCAACAUUUGUACGGCGGAGAGGGCUUCCAAGAGCAUACCGCUCCUUGUCUAUCCAAAUGGAGGAGCUCUUAAGUGGGUCGUCGGUCUGUCUAUUCCGGUGAAGGUGUCCAACCGCUCGGUUGGGAUGCUCCUGCAGUUCCAAGGGCUGUACGCGCAUCCGUCAAACAUAAGCGAGAUAUCACAACACUUCCCUCUGAAUGUUGGCCGUGCUGCCAUCUAUGCAGUUUUCACUUCGAUAAUGAACGCGCCAAGCGACGGCGACGCCGGUCUGGCAGAGCACGUGCUGGCCCGGGAGGCGGGCAGGGUCGGCAGCGGCGGCGGCGGAGGCGGAGGGUGCCGGCGGCGGUACGCGGCCUGCCCCAGGGGUCGAGGCCCGCUCGACGCCGUCUCCACCCUGUCCGUGGACUCACAGCACUGGGAUCGCUGA